AAAUAAGAACUUUAACUUCAUUGUAUUAUAUCGUAUCUUUUUAAGCUCACUCACAUUAGAAAAAAUUAAACUCACUCGACAAAUUAUCAAUCCAGCUUCUGCUAUAAGUACCCCAAAACCCCAUUUAUUCAAAUUCAAUCCAUCCCAUCACCUGCUUUUCAAACUCAAAGACCAUUCUCUGUUCUCCAAAUCUCCUCCCACCUCACUAAUCAUUUUUUUAGCGACCAUAUUUCUGACUUUCUAGCGACGAAAUUUAAAUUCAAAGGAAAAAAUGGAGUUGAUGAAUGCGCUGCCGGAAGACUGUCUCUCCUCGAUCCUCUGUUUCGCUUCCCCACAGGACGCCUGCCGAUCAUCGGCGGUCUCCCCCGAGUUUCAUUCCGUUGCCGAAUCCGACACCGUCUGGCAGAAUUUCCUCCCUUCCGAUUACCGCCGCAUUAUCGCCGAUUCCGUUCCCGCCCUCCAAUUCUCCUCCAAGAAGGAGCUCUACCGCAAGCUCUGCGACUCUGUUCUCGUCGACGGCGGCCGAAAGAGAUUGAAGCUGGAGAAAUUGUCCGGGAAGAAAUGUUACGAAUUGUCAGCGAGAGAUCUUUCCAUCAUUUGGGGAAGUGAAUCAAUGUACUGGGCUUGGACUUCGCUUCCCGAAUCAAGAUUCUCGGAGGUUGCCGUGCUGCGGACAAUGUCGUGGCUCUGGAUCCAAGGAAAAAUCGACACCCAAAUGCUAACUCCCAACACCAAAUACGGAGCCUACCUCGUACUCAAAUUAUCCAACCGGGCUUUUGGCCUCGAUCUGAUGCCAUCCGAAGUCUCGGUUCAAGUCGGUAACAAAGAAGAGUGUCAAAACACGGCGUACCUACGGCGACAGAAAAACAGCCACGUGGAGUUUAUGGAAACGUUGAUGUAUGGACACCGGACGGAGGCGCUGAAGUCGAUGGUGGCCGCCGGUGGGGGAGAAGGGAGGUUGCCGGCGGAGAGGGAGGACGGGUGGUUGGAAAUUGAGAUUGGGGACUUCUUUAGCGGGGAGAAGAGUGAGGAAGUGAAGAUGGGGUUGAAAGAAGUGAAAGGCCGCCAUCUGAAAGGUGGGCUUAUUGUCCAUGGCAUUGAGAUCAGGCCCAAACACUGAAUGGAGAUAACUCUUUUAUUUUUUUUCCCCUUAUAAUUUAUACUUGGAAAAAAGAAUAUAGGUUCAAGGAAACU